AUGAGGUUAUACACUUAUACUUGUAAUAUGUUGUUACGGGUUUUUUCAAGUAAUUGGAGAAUUAUAAUUCGUAAUAUAAAUAAUUAAAAAAAAUUAUUGUGUGUAAAAGUGAUUACUAUGACUUACCAAUUACUCUAAUCUGUUUCUAUUUCUAAAUACAUACUACGAUAUAACCGGUACACAGCACGUGCAAUGUGAAAGUGUUGAACCUAACCUCAUAAAAUAAUGAACAAUUUAUUAUCUUCGUCGAUAAAAUGUAUAAGACAGAAAUUAAAUGCUGGCAAUGUACGACCAUCAGAAAUUUGCAAAGCUUCUAUCGAUCUUAUAUCAAUAAUUAAACCACUCAAUGCUUAUAUCACCGUAACCAAAAACUUAGCAAAGGAACAAUCUCAAGAUGCAGAUACUAGACAACAAGAAAAUGAUAUUUUAGGUGAUCUUGAUGGUGUUCCUAUUGCAAUUAAAGAUAAUUAUUGUACCAAAGCAGUGCCAACGACUUGUGCAUCUUUUAUGUUAAAAAAUUUUGUUCCUGAGUAUAAUGCUACCGUUUAUCAGUCUCUCAGAAAUGUGGGCGCAGUCCUAGUUGGCAAAACUAAUCUGGAUCAAUUUGCUAUGGGCUCAGGAACUAUUGAUUCAUAUUAUGGACCAACGAUAAAUCUAUGGGGUUCUGAAAUAUUAUCUAAACAUUACUUAUAUGAGGAUGGUACAGAGAUAAAAAAACAAGUUUGUACUAACAACGACCAGUGGCAUAUAGCAGGUGGUAGUAGUGGUGGCUCCGCAGUAGCAGUAGCUACUCACAGUUGUUAUGCAGCAAUAGGAUCUGACACUGGCGGCUCUACUCGUAAUCCUGCUUCUUACUGCGGUCUUAUUGGAUUAAAACCAACUUACGGAUUAGUUUCAAGAAAUGGUCUCAUACCUUUGGUAAAUUCAAUGGAUGUACCUGGUAUUCUUACCAGGUAUGUGGAAGAUGCUGUUUUGGUUUUAAAUAAUAUAGCAGGAUAUGAUGAGGCAGAUUCUACUACUAUAAAAAAAGAUUACGAGCCUUUCUCGAUACCGGAUAAAAUUGAUAUUAGUAAUUUACGUGUUGGUAUACCAAAAGAAUAUAAAAUUGAUGGCAUAAGUAUAGAAAUACAGAAAUGUUGGGAUGAAAUCGCUUCUCUAAUAGAAGAGGCAGGUGGUAAAGUCAUUCCAGUUUCUCUGCCACAUACAGAUUAUUCUAUAGUAUGUUAUUCAGUAUUAAAUUGUUGUAAUGUGGCAAGUAAUAUGGCACGUUAUGAUGGUACUCGAUAUGGUUAUCGCGCUGAUGAAAAUGAUUCGGUAACUGAAUUAUACACUAAAUCAAGAUCUGCAGGUUUUAACGAUGUUGUUAAAAGUCGUAUAUUCACCGGGAACUUUUUUUUGUUAGAAGAAAAUUAUGAACAGUAUUAUGUAAAAGCAAUGAAAUUACGUAGAUUAAUUUCUCAAGAUUUUGAUAACGUAUGGGACAAUAAUAUUGAUUUGUUACUUACACCUACUACCCUAACGGAUGCUCCUAUUUAUGAUGAAUUUAUAUUACUCGAUAAUCAGACACAGUGCUUAAUUCAGGAUUAUUGUACGCAACCAGCAAAUAUGGCAGGAAUUCCAGCAGUUAAUGUACCUAUUAAAUUAUCUAAAAAGGGAUUGCCAUUGUCAUUGCAAUUAAUGGCACCACCUUUGCAUGAAAAACGUCUACUUACUGUUGCUAAGUGGAUUGAAGACUGUGUACAAUUUCCAAGGAUACAAUUGAAAUAAGUUAACGUGACAAAA